UCGACUAUUAAACAUGACAAUUGGUCAUCGUCUUCUUCAUUCUUGUGUUUUGUUGCGCUGAACAAGACAAGAAAACUACAAAGCUAUGGGCACCAUCAUCGACUCCCAUUUCUUGGCCUUCACUGCCCUUGUCACUAUUGCCUAUCAGUUUUUGUUUUUCGUCGUCACUGCGCUCCUCAAAUUCGACAAAGUCACUGAUUUUGCUGGAAGUACGAAUUUCAUUAUAAUUGCUGCAUUGACCCUGGUCAUCAAAGGCUCCUGGUAUUUUCGACAGAUAAUCCUCACUUUGUUUGUUGGGAUAUGGGGAAUUCGCCUCGGCCUUUUCCUCCUAUUCAGAAUUUUGCAGUGGGGAGAGGACCGACGCUUUGAUGAAAUGCGCAGUAAUUUGGGUAGACUGGCCAUAUUUUGGAUAUUUCAGGCUGUCUGGGUGUGGGCUGUGAGUUUACCUGUUACAGUGGUUAAUGCAAGCGACAGAAAUCCCUUCCUACAGGUUGUUGAUAUAGUAGGGUGGAUUUUGUGGGCUGUGGGUUUUAUUGUGGAAGGUACAGCAGAUCAACAAAAGCUGCAUUUCAAAAGAUCUUCAGAAAAUAGAGGGAAGUGGUGUAAUGUUGGACUUUGGAAAUAUUCUCGUCAUCCUAACUAUUUUGGUGAAAUAUUGCUUUGGUGGGGAAUUUUUGUGGCAUCUACACCUGUACUGAAGGGUGCUGAAUGGCUGGUGAUCAUUGGACCAAUCUUUCUCACAUUAUUGCUUCUUUUUGUCAGUGGCAUUCCACUUCUUGAGGAUUCAGCGGAUAAAAAGUUUGGCAAUGUAGAUGGAUAUAGGAUAUACAAAAAGAGAACCAGCCCUUUAAUCCCGUUGCCACGAUCAAUCUAUGGGAACUUAUCCGCAUGGUUCAAAACAACUUUUCUCUUCGAAUUUCCAUUCUACAGUCGUAAUCUACCACAAGAAGAGAACUGGUGAAAUGGUAUUAAAUUUUUUAGUAUCUGCUGAAGGUGCAGUGCAAGCAGUGGGAAAAUCAGUGAUGCUCUGAAAAUUGGCUAGCACUUGGUUCUUUGAAUUUGUUUGGUUCCUUUCUUACGUCAGACUGAAGUUGCAGCUGGCAUCAUCAUCCACCAUGGUUAGGGAUGUGGCUUUGUAAUGCUAUUGCAGCUUUCCUUCUAGAUUUAAUCUUUCUAAUUUGCUUGUUCUCUCUUAGAUAUGUAUAAAUUUGCGUACUAUAUAUGUUGUGUGCAAGUACUAUGGCUUGUGCAGGUAACUAAUGGAUCAAUCAUGUGUUUCAUCUUAUUUCUUCUAUUGCAACUCUCAUUAUGGACCUGCAGCAUGCCAACAUCGGCAGAUAUUGAACACAAAUGUUUUGUUGAUGUAUCCUAAUAUUGUAUUUAGUAAAAUUCAUUUCUGAAUACAAUGUAGUAAUAAACUAACGGAAUGCUUCUGUC